UCUUGAUGACUCUUAAUUGAUGGCCCUUGUGUGCAGGUGAGGCCUCUGUGCGCAUGCGAGCAAAAAAGCGUCAACAAUCCGGCGAUGUCUUGCAAACAGAAAACAGAAAAUACUUCGUUUUUAUUUGUGGUUAGCGUUUAUUUUUACACGUUUGUCGUUUGUUACUCGGUAAGUUUAGGACAGCGGGAGGAAGGUUUGACUGACUACCAAGUUCAAGAGUCCGCAGCUACCUUGUUGGAGAGGAUUAAACAACAGGACGACGUCCAGCUGGGGAACUGGCGCCUGGUUGAACAAGUGAUCUCCGACCCAAAUGUGCGCGAAUCCACCGAGCUUCAGCCUGAACCUGCAGCCUUCCCCGGAGAGCCACUACCGUAUUUCAAUGUACCCAAACUCGGUGACACUGACAGUAACUGGACUAUUGGUGAUUUCAGCAGGAAACCAAGGUCUGAAGACAAAUAUCAAGCAGAUUUUACAGGUUUUGGUGGAGUCCAAGGGAACGUUUUGGGCCCAUCAUUUGAUUCCACUCCACAUUUCUCUGAGUGGGUGGCUAUGAGACCUUCGGUGCAGUGUGAUGAUAAUGUCAUGACCUUCACUGCCUCUGGACACGGAUUUGCACACCUGUUAGUGGAUAGAGAGGGAACCUCCCCCAUCUCCCUGUUCCAGUUGCCUUCAUACUGUGGUUACUCGGUGAGGAUGUCGUGGAGUGACCUGGAGAUGAUGGUGCCUUAUGAUGCAUGUUACAUUACACAGGAGAAUGGCAGCUACGUGCUGCCCAUGUUGUGGUGGGGCAGCCCACUGAAGCUGUCCUGCCCAGUGCAGAUGUCCACCUCUGCCCCCUCCUUGUCCCCCUUAGUCUAUUGCUCCCCCUACGGCAUUGCAGUGCAGAUAGAUGGGCAGGAGCAAGAUAUAGCAAUGCUGGGAGUCAUAGUGAAUGGACGUUGGGGUCCAUUUGUGUCUCAAGAGUGUGCGUACCGUGUCUACUCAAAUCCUGAGCAGCUUGCCUUCUUCAUCUCCUACAGUGCUCCGUGUAUCACUGAUGGAGAUGGUCCUCAUCUCCACCUUAUAUUAGAUGAACAGGAAUACGUCCUCUCCUGCCCAGCCAGUGCUCAGGUUCCCUACAUCCCCUCUCCUCCUCUGUCUCCUGAUGACCACCAGUUUCUCCGAAUCCCAGAUCCUGUUGGCCCUGCACCCACCUCCCCUCCUCCUCCCCCUCCUCAGCCUCCAACCCAGGAGCAGAUUGCUCAACUUCCUAACUACCCCCACUAUCCUGGAUUCCAGUACCCCCAGUUUCCCCAAGUCUACCCUCCUGGCCCACAACCUGGCCGUCCCGCUCAACCCACUCCUGGCAGUCCUCCUGGUUCGCAGCCCCAGCAGCAGCAGCAGUUCCUCUACCCCUCGGGACCUGGCAAGCUGCCCUACUCUCCUGGAGAGCCCCCAAAAUACCCUUCCCUUCUUCACCACCCUGCUGCGGUGUUCCAAGCUCUGUCCUCCCCCAAUCUUAGCCCAUCGCUGGAUAUUUCUCCCCAUCACGUUUCCAAAUUCCCUGCUGGCCCUUCUCAACAUCACUCUGGUAUGUAUUACCCUUAUGUGCCGUUCUACUACCCUGCAGUGACACCAGACACCACUACUACAACUGCUCCUCCAGCUACCCAACCACUCGAACCUCCAGCAAAUCUUUAUCCCCCACAGUAUUACCUUCAGAUACCUCACUAUCCUGCACCCACUGCAGCACCAGUGACCCAAGCACCAGUGACCCAAGCUCCUGCUUCCCUCCCUCCCAGCCCACCGUCUACUCCCUCUCCACAUAAACAACAGUACCCAGUCGGCCCAUUUUAUCUACCAACAUUUUAUAACUCUUACUAUCAUUAUGGACAGUUUCCCUACCCUUCAUAUGCUACAGUCAUUCCACCUCUCACCACAACUGCCACUACGACAAUGGUUCCCAAACAACCUGGCAGCCACAGCUAUUCCUUCAGCCAGUUCUACAACCAAAGACCCAUUUAUGUCCCACCAACCACACCUCAGCCGUCUGCCAAAGAAGAAUCUCCAACUAUUCCUCAGGAACCUCAGAAACCAGCAGCUCCACAAGCCUCCUGCCCCCCUUAUGCUCACACAAUUUGUGGCUACUACCCUUAUCCCUAUUUUCCCUAUUACCACCAUACGUACCUGCCAUACUACCAUCCACCUUACCCCCCUGUGCCCCAAUAUCCAGCGACACCAAUGACCACCACAAAGCCUGUCACCUCAACCACCACAAAGCCUGUCACCUCAACCACCACAAAGCCUGUCACCUCAACCACCACCACAAGUUCUACAGCAGCUCCCCCGACUGAAACCACUCCACAAAUCCCCCAUCUCCAGUGUCUGAUGGAGAAGAUGGUUGUCUUCCUGCCUUUUGCUCACACAGACUCCAUCCAGGUCAGAGACCAAAUGGAGUCAUGGCUGUUCCUCUCCAGUGUGUCUCCACUGUGUGGGUACAUGCUACAGAUGGCUGAGGACUCUGGGGUAAUCCUUCACUCUCCUCUGCCUGCCUGCCACAGCGAGCCACGGACUCCCACCACCAUUUCCUUACCUCUGAGGUUUUGGGACCUUUCCAUUGCCAAGUAUAGGACUCUGGACUUGCAAUGCCCUUAUCAAAUGAUCCCUGAAACUCCUGAGCCAGUUACAGCACCAGUUACCCCAUCAGUGUCCCCUGCCCCACCCAGCACCACCGCGAGCAAGGUCAGCCCGUCUGUUGUCCCAAAGCAUCAAGUCUUCUGCUCCUCCAAUCAGAUGACCGUGGAGCUCCCCUCUGGUCCCAUCUCUGGAAUUGUUGUUAAAGACAUCAAAGGGAACCAUAUGAACCUCCAGGAUGCCCCAAAGCACUGUGGGUAUUCUGCAAGAAAAGGCAAAGAUGGCAAAAUCCGUUUGAGUCUCCAGUUACACUCCCGCUGCCACAUGAGUGUGCAGGCAAGUAUUGACUCAGAUUUCACACUGAGCACAUGA